GUCGAUCGGAUCUAUCCUCUUCCUGUCUUCCAAUCUCCCAUCCUCCUUGUUGAGCUGAUGCUAGUUGUUCUAUUAACCGCCAGCAAGUAGGAGAGUAGAAGAUGUCUUCUGGAACCAAACGCCCUGCUUCCCCGACUGCAAGCUUGGAGCCAACUUCCAAGCAGGCGAAAGUCGAAGUGGCACAGACACCAGUCUUUGAGCUGAACGUGUUGCAUUGGCUCCGCAACAAUACCGAUCACUCUCGAAAUAAUAAUAGGAAUAGAUCAACUCAGUCUCCUCCAGUUGUUGUGCAAGAACCCCAAGAAAUAGCUUGCUAUUCUGUGGCGUUGGACAAGAUUCACUAUGGCAGUCGCGAACAACUCCAUCGCUAUCAAAAACCUGCACUGAAGACGACUAACUUGGGCGACAAGAUAGACGAGUGGAUCCAAUCAUGCGACAAUGACAAACCGUUGGUGGAAACCAUUCUGGAUGCCUUGACGUCGGACCAAAUUGCCAAUGCGGAUGUCAUUACCUUUCGCAACAAUCUCAACAAGAUUGGUGGGACCAUCUUUAACCCCAAGAAUGAUUGGGAAUUGGAAUGUACUCUGCUCGAUGACGACAACAACAAGACACUCUAUCUCGAUGUCCUUCCUGGGAAUCCUCCCCAAGAACCACCCCCCAAAGACAGUUUGCAGUACAAACUGCAGUAUUACGGAUACCGCUUUGAAUCCGUCUGUACGGGACAACAAGACGCCCCCGUCGACAAUCGAUACGAAUUUUGCAGUGUCUUGCGUCUCAACAUGGGAGACACACGGAUCGUCCUGGCGGCCGAAAUGGAUGCCACUACUGUACGCACGAGUACUAGUACUACUAGUGUCCGUGAUUAUGUCGAAUUGAAAACCAUGCGUCCCAUUCGAGGGGACCGGGAUUUGCAAAGCCUGUAUCGCUAUCGGUAUCCCAAGUAUUGGCUGCAAUCCUACUUGGCGGGAAUCCCAACCAUUGUCGUGGGAGAACGGACCGAUGAAGGACAAUUGGUAGAUGUCCGCAGCGUUCCAGUGUCACGAAUGCAUGGGGAGGCAUUGUCAUUUUUCCGCGGAGACGACCGCAAAUGUUGGAAUCCCCAGACGGUGAUUCGUUGGAUUCAUCAUGUAUUGGGAAUGUUGAAGAGUGUCUGCUUGAAGCAUCCUCAUCGAACCAUCCAUGUUCAAUACAAAGGAGAAUCGAGACAGAUUGUGGGAUAUCUGAGGGAUGAUGAUGAUGGCACGGAUGUGAUUGGGAAGAGACUCUUGGCAAGGCAGAAAAAUGGCACUACUGGUACAUCACACAAGUGAAUGAUGAAGGGUUCAUACCUACUGUACCGGUACCUGGUACACCUUCUUUUCAGCAAGAACUUAUUUGAAGCUUGCUCAUUAUUACCUUUCUCGAAAAAGGAACCCUACAUUGCCAAAGCUCCUCCGCCUCUUGGCUGCGUGGAACCUGAUCUAGCUAGCUAGAACCCGGCACUGGUACCAGGUACCAGUAUUUGCUUUACUUGAUGUUGCUUUGAAAGCUCUGCUGGCUUACAUGGUUGAAAGUUAUUGCUUUCGGACGCUUCUUAUGUCUUUGGGUCUCAAAGGCGCCAAAGGGCUUGCGACAUCGGAACCCCAGCGCAUUGACUUUCGGGA